CUAGAUUAACUCCAACUUCACUUAGCUAUGGAGCUCAGGAGGCUGCUGUGACUGAAGCUUCCCUUUGUGCUUGUGGAGGGAACACAAAGACAUUUCAGAAUCUGCCAACACAGCCAACAGAGUUGGGAAUUUCCUUUGGGCCAUGAGCAACAGGUGUGAAUCAGGUUCCUUCCUGAGAUGGAAACUCUAGGUCACUGUAGCAUGCCAUUGAGGAUUGAUAGUCACCUUAAAAAAUCCUACCAGGAAGUAGACAAUGUACACACCAUCACUGAAGCUAGUACUCUUCUCAGCUGGCUGGUGUUUUGCUUUAUUUUUUAUAUAGUCAAGAAGGAACGUCACAUAAGUGACAAUUCUGUGGAUAUAAAAGAGCUUUCAUCUAUUAUUGGAGAACUUCAGCCUAAAAUUGACAAACUUCUGAAGAUAUUGGCUGGGACUGAAUCAUCAUAUGCCGCUUGGAAGAAAGAAGAAUCGAGAGCUGUAAAUGUGAUCCUGGAUGCAGCCACUGCCCACCCUGUCCUCCUCCUGUCUGAAGAUGGGAAACGAGUAACCUGGCAAGAGCCUUGUCAGGAUCUACCCAACUCCUCACAGAGAUUUGACUCCCUUCCCUGUGUGCUGGGUCAGAAGGACAUCAGCUCAGGGAAAUGCCACUGGGAGGUAGAGGUUGGAGACAUGCAGUCCUGGGAUUUGGGAAUUUGUAGGGAUAAUGUAAAAAGGAAGGGGAAGGUCACAAUGUCCCCACAGAAUGGUUUCUGGGCCAUCAGGCUCUAUGACGGGGAAUACUGGGCUCUCACCUCCCCAGAAACUCGUCUUACUCUAAGAGAAAGACCCCUUAGUGUGGGGGUAUUCCUGGAUUAUGAGGCUGGAGAAGUAUCUUUCUGUAACAUGACAGAUGGGUCCCAUAUUUUCACCUUCCCCAAGAACACAUUCUAUGGUGUCCUAAGACCACUUUUCAGACUUUGGUCCUCUGGUUCAGGGCCCUUGAGCAUCGUCCAUGUGGAGGAGAAGUGACUGUUGCAAUUCACAUGUAUACUCGCCCCUGAAUAAUGAUGACAUUAGGUCCCAAAGAUUAUCACAAUUCUCUCCACCAGCCAUUAAUUAUUAUUUUUUCUAUCUUUCUGGUUCAUUCUAAAGAUUAAGGUCUGGCACACAGAUUGAUGGUUGCCCUUCAUAUCAUUUUCUUACCAGAAACCCCAGGGUGUGCUCGGGCUUCCUAUUGUCGUGUCCAAGAAUAAAGACAGGGUUGAAUCAUAUAAGGCAAGGCAUUUAUUAAGGCCAGCCAACAAAGAAGAUAGGGAGCUUACAAGCAUCCAAAACUGUCUUACAGCAGGUGCAGGGGACAGGAUUAUAUAGGGAAAAUGUACUGGAGUGAGGUUGGGAACAGACUGCGAUUACAUGCAGUCUUGGAGGUCAGCAGAAUUCAACCAUUUUUCUUGGUUGUCAGGUGAUGAGAUGAUGGCUUGGCUCCUGGUGGGGUCGGCCUGAUGAUGCUUAACAGUUCUGCUUGUAUGUUGGGUACAGUAUACAUUUUCUGCAGCUAAAUCACCUCCUCAAUCACUUUUUUUUAAUAUCAAAGGGAGUGUACAGGUGCACUGGCCUGAGAAAUGAAACUUAGAAAAUAAAACAACUUAACCCUCUGUUCCCAUAUAAGAAACUUAACACUCUACUAUAUUUAUAUGUAUUUAAGAAUUUCAAAAUAAUAUGAUUAUCUUUCAGAUUAAUUCAGGUGAUCUAUCUAUCAGAUAAUAACUCUCCCUAUCAAAUUUGUCCUCCUUCCUUAGUUAUAGGGUCUUCUAAUUAUUACAAUGCCCUUUGGCAGCCUAGUAUUUUAUUGUCUAGCCUCCCCUGCUGAAUGUGACUGAAUAAUGACCAAGGCCUUGUAAGCUGAAUUAUUGUGUUUGAUUUCUGUGGUGUGUCCUUAAAGGGAAAAUGUGUGCUCUUGUUGUUGUCUUUGCUUACUGAUGGCCAUAACGUGGGUGAUGGAUGGAACUCUAAGGCCAUCUCUGACCAUGUCAAUGAUAGGACGGCAGAGAAGACAGAAUGAGCUUGGGUUUGUGACAAUGUCAAAACUUAUCUAUUGCUAAUUCCUGACUUGUUUUCAGUGAGAAAUAAACUUUUAUAUCUUUAAGCCA